AGCCCAGACUCUCCCAGCCGCGGCGCGGCGGCCUGCUGGGGAUGGUGGACGGCCGCGAGGCCGCGCUGGCGCCGGGAUGCAGCGCGGAGGUGGAGCCUGGAUUGGGUUCGAGCAUCGGCAGUCCUGUGUGCGAAGGUGGCAAGGCAUCUCCCCGUGCGAUCACGCUGAACCUCAUUUGCGGUGGGUUCGGGCUCGGCAUCUUCAGCCUCCCAUGGAGCACCGCUGGCGCUUCCCUGUUCCCCGGCCUCCUCAUCAUUGUCGGUACCGUCGCGCUGAACGCAUGGACGGUGUCGAUCCUCGUAGAGGGCGCCGAGCGGUACCAGGCGUUUGACCUCGGCGCGUUGCUGUCGAACCUGCCCAGCCGCAUCAGCGGCCCAGCCCAGCUCGCCACCAAUGUCUCCGUAUGGAUCGUGCUCUGGGGGUCCCAGGUAGGAUACAUAGACGUGCUGACCGAUGCUCUCAUGGAGAUCCUGCCUUUCCACCAGAGGUCCCUGGGCGUGUUUCUCUCGUCGAUUGUGGUGCUGCCCCUAGGCUUCCUGGACCAGAGAUAUCUGAACUUCACCUCGGCCCUGGCGGUGGUGGUCAACCUGUACAUCUUCAUCGUCAUGGCGCUGCAGCCGGCGAAGGGCCAGGCGGAUAUAUGCCUGGUCGGGGACGGCCGCGGCGACAUAUCAAUGGUCUCUGUCAUGAUGAUGGCCAUCGUCAUCCAGAUGUGCGUUCUGCCGAUGUACAAGGAGAGCUGGAGGACCGAUCGCCAGCGAAGUUCGGCAAGGCGGUGCUCUCCGGUUUCUCGGGCCUGGCCAGCAUCUUCGGUAUUUUCGCCGUGGUGGGCUACCUGAGGUUCGGCCCCGACGUGCAGGGCAACAUCCUGGACUCGCUGCCGCACACGGUGUGGGGUAAGAUUGCCCGGGUAGGUGCGGGUCUCUCCGUCGGUUGCGUGUACCCGAUUCGACAGUCCAUGGUCGCUCCGUUCUGGAACAUGACCGGGCCGUGGAGGAACGCCGUGGCGACCGCCGCGACAGUGGUGACCGUGGCGUUGACUGGAUUCGGGGCUCUGCUCGUGAAAAACGUCAGCCUCGUGAACACUUUCGACGGCGCCUUCUGCGCCAUCGUCUUCGUGGCGGCCAUACCUGGGUUCUGGGGGUCCUGAAGAGGGGAGUUUCUGCUCGAUCCCUCCCGUGGUUUCUUUCUCUGCUCGGCAUGUCUGGUGUCAGGUGGUGUAGUGCUUUGUGGUGUCGUGUGGUAUGAUGUGUAUCCACUGCCGUGCAUCGCCACGCAAGGCACAUGAAAGGUAGUGGCGAGUAGCUGCUUGUGAAUCGAAACUAACUUCACGGUUGAUGCGAAAAUGCAUCUGAAUGUGCAGUGGAAGCGCGUAGCGUAUCGUAGCGACACGUCAGGUGGUGUUUUCUUUUGGAAAGGGCGUGGGCCCAGGGUUCUCUUGUGGUUUGUGAGAUGUCCCCAGUACCAUGCCUGGCGUGGGCAGGCGGCUUGCCUUUCAAGAAUUUCGCUACAAAUGAACCCCACAUACUUACUCUAUGGGUUUGGCCGCGAAUUGCCGCACGGACCCCAUGAACUCUCACCGCGUACGGGUUGCACAACAUCCGUGCAUCUCUCCCCACCCUCCAGCUGCUGCAAGCAAAUUGCCCAGAAGCCGCGCGUUUGGUGGCGCCGACGCUCUCUCGCCAACCGUUUAUCGCCGUUGGCGACUCAAAGAGGAAAACAAAACACCCUCGUCCUGUGUAACUAAUGCGAUGUUGCGUUGUGUGGUGUUUUGCAGCGUGUGCUGCCGUGUAGUAGCAUCCUGUGAUGCAGUUCGGUGUGUAGGACGUGGGCGAAAAUCACAGUGUACUUCUUUGUGAAGUCCUGUGGUGCAGCACGAUGUGUUUCGGAACGAUGUGCCCCGAGGGGGUGACACAUUUGUUUACAGACGAAACCGAUGAUAAGGAUGACAUGCUUGAUUCUUUUGAUUUUUUGAUUGGAAUCGUCUAAUCUAUUUGCAGUCAACGCUGGCUGAUAUUGAUUGUAUGGCAGGCCACUCCCCCAGUUGGCUGGUCGGUAUGGGCGGGUGCAAUCACAGUCGUUCUGCUCCCCAGUCUCGUCGGCUUGCAGCUGCUCGAGCGGCGGUCGCGCGCCUGGCGUGCGUCCAUGGUUGCCCUCAUCGUUUUCGGGGCGGUCACGGGCGUCCUGGGCAUGAUCUACACGAAGAACUACCCUCAGGAGAGCUGCACCAGCACUGCGCCUGGACGCUGAGGUGACGGGGUCCGCUUGAAGCGCUCCUGGAUGUCAAGGAGAGGCCGCCGCCCUGUGCGCGGGCUCUCCGCAAACCCCGCGGCCGGCCCUCCCCGGCAGCGCCCCGCAGCGGCGCGGCUCUGGAGACGUCGGCGUUCGGCCGCCCCGAGAGGCCCUUCCGCGAGGCAGGGCCGCGACCGCGACCGCGGCCGCGACCGCGGCCGCGACCGCUCGUCCUCGGCCCAGGCGGCCGGGGCGGGGGCUCGGCGCGCCCUCGGCGGAGUCUGAGAGGCAGUUUGCCGGCCGCUUCGCCUCGCCUCCAAGGGCACCCCGCGGAGCGAGGGCCGAGGCCGUUGCCGCCGCCACGGUGCCCUGCUGGGCGCGGCCGGCGCCUCGUUUUUUUUCACGGCCAGGCGCCGCCGUACAGGUCAGCCAUCCCGGGUCCUGUCGUGGCGGUCGUGAAAAGCGGGCACGCCAUUGUCCCGCG